GGGAACGACGACUUUAUUUGGAAGAUGGCGCCCGUUGUUACGGGGAAGUUCGGUGAGAGACCUCAGCGUUUGACAAGGGAGGCUAUGAGGAAUUACUUGAAGGACAAAGAUGACCAAACGGUGCUCAUACUGCACGCAAAAGUUGCACAAAAGUCAUACGGCAAUGAAAAGAGGUUUUUCUGCCCUCCGCCGUGCGUGUACCUGAUGGGCAGUGGCUGGAAGAAGAAGUUGGAGAGCAUGGAGAAGGAGGGCUGUACGGAGCAGGAGGCCCAGCCGUGUGCGUUCAUAGGGAUCGGCAACAGCGAGCAGGAGAUGCAGCAACUCCAUCUGGAGGGGAAGCACUACUGCACGGCUAAGACACUGUACAUCAGCGACUCAGACAAAAGGAAACACUUCAUGCUGUCGGUGAAGAUGUUGUACGGCAACAGCGCCAACAUCGGCUUCUUCCUCAGCAAGAGGAUCAAGGUCAUCUCCAAGCCUUCCAAGAAGAAGCAGUCCCUGAAGAAUGCAGAUUUGUGUAUAGCCUCAGGGACUAAGGUGGCGUUGUUUAACCGUCUGCGUUCCCAGACGGUCAGCACCAGGUAUCUUCAUGUGGAGGGGGGAAACUUUCUCGCUAGCUCCCAACAGUGGGGAGCCUUCUACAUUCACCUCUUGGACGACGAGGAGUCUGAAGGAGAGGAGUUUGCUGUGAGAGACGGCUAUAUUCACUACGGCCAGACGGUCAAAUUGGUCUGUUCUGUCACUGGCAUGGCCCUGCCCAGACUGGUCAUUCGCAAAGUGGACAAGCAGGCGGCCUCGAUGGAUGCAGAUGACCCGGUGUCCCAGCUUCACAAGUGUGCCUUCUACCUGAAGGAUACUGACAAAAUGUAUCUCUGUCUCUCCCAGGAGAGGAUCAUCCAGUUCCAGGCCACACAGUGCUCCAAAGAGACUAACAAGGAGAUCGUCAACGAUGGGGCCUCCUGGACUAUCAUUAGCACCGACAAGGCAGAGUACACCUUUUAUGAGGGCAUGGGCCCCGUCCCCACACCGGUCACACCUGUCCCCGUGGUGGAGAGUCUGCAGUUAAACGGAGGAGGAGACGUGGCGAUGUUGGAGCUGACCGGACAGAACUUCACCCCCAAGCUGAGGGUGUGGUUCGGAGACGUGGAGGCUGACACCAUGUACAGAUGUGGGGAGAGCGUCCUGUGCGUGGUGCCGGACAUCUCGGCCUUCAGGGAGGGCUGGCGCUGGGUGAGACAGCCGGUCCAGGUCCCGGUCACGCUGGUCCGCAACGACGGAGUCAUCUACUCCACCGCCCUCACCUUCACCUACACCCCCGAGCCCGGGCCGCGGCCCCACUGCAGCGCCACGGGGGCCAUCCUGCGGACGCGCAGCGCCUCCUCGUCUUCGCCGGCGUCUUCUUCCUCGCCGGCGUCCUCCCUGGGCGGGCUCGGGGAUGGCCACGGUUACAGCGGCAGCGACUCUGGUGUCUCGUCAGGGGCGUCGACCAUGUCGUUGCUAUCCUAGUGACUCGGACGCGUGCGUCGUUGUCGUGUGUGUGUGUGUGUGUGUGUGUGUGUGUGUGUGUGUGUGUGUGUGUGUGCGUGCCUUUGAA